AUGAGGAAUAUAGGAGGUACAGAGGUUGACUCGGUGAAUCAGGAGGAGGAUGUACCAGAAAAUUCAAAGUCUUCUGCUGAGAAAAUGGAAAAUGAGAAUGGUGCAGUUCCGCUUACAGUUCCCAUUCUCUUAAGGGUUCCCGGAAACAAAUUUGAAUUGACCAGCACUGAGGGUGGGACUGAUGUCAUCAUAGACUCCACUCAAAAGGAGCUUCUCGUGGGUUAUGGAAUUGGUAGUGGUGGUGCAGCUAUCAUCAAAUCUAAGAAGAAUGGGACCGAAGCAGACAUGCGUGGAAAUGAAAUGUGUGAGGCUAUAAUGAUUUUUGUUUUACUUUUUGAUGGCCAAACUGCUUAUGGAACCGUGUAUUUUACUUGCAGGCUUUGCCAGUGA